CGCGGGCCUCUCACUGUUGUGGCCUCUCCCGUUGCGGAGCACAGGCUCCGGACGCGCAGGCCCAGCGGCCACGGCUCACGGGCCCAGCCGCUCCGCGGCAUGUGGGAUCCUCCCGGACCGGGGCUCGAACCCGUGUCCCCUGCAUCGGCAGGCGGACUCUCAACCACUGCGCCACCAGGGAAGCCCUGACUGGCUUCUUCUACUUAGGACGUUUUCAAAGUUCAUCCAUGCCAUGGCAUGUAUCAGUACUUUAUUCCUUUUUAAUGGCUGAAUAAUAUUCUAUUGUAUAGAUAUGCCUAUUUGUCCAUUCAUCAUUCAAUACUUGGAUUUUAAAAUAUAUCUUCCCAUUUUUAAUUCAAAUAUAUGCUUUAAAAAGUUCUGUGUAACCUUAAGCAUGUAUCUGCUGGCCAGGUAAGUCAGAGGGCCAAUGGUAUGAGACCGUUGUUUUAUGACCCACGGUUACAUGUUUUCCCAUAUAAUCCUCCCAUCAGGAACUUGGGGUUUGGGACGGUAAAAGGACAUGCGUAGGAAAAGGCCUGCAAUUCAGCUUCCACUCCGUAUCGCCAGAAGCUUUUCUCCCCCAAACCAAAACCUCAGGGGCAAGGGCUUGGUUUCAGAAUGAGUGGAAGACAAACAUCUAGCUUAUGGCUCUGUCCUUGCACUUCCCUGGGACUCAGUUUCCCUCCAUGUAAAAUGACUGAUGUUGGGUUAGUUGAUCUCCAAGGCACUGGGCUUGCUAACGGGGUCAUUCUUUUUCCCCACCAUCCACCUGGGCACGAAUCGGCUCUGGUCAAGAUAGUUUAGCUGCAGCUGAACACAAGGCUGAGGCCCCUGGCUUAUCCUGGUAACUGCAGAUUCGUGCGGAGCUGUCCUAAGGCACCACGGGGAAGAAACCAGCCCGGAAGUCCUUGUCGCUGGCCAGUCCAUUUUACCUGCCAGGGUCAUUUGUGAGGUGGCAGCACCUGGGCUGAGCCUGGGACUUACAUCAGGAGUGGCUCAAACUCAACUCGUGGUUCUCGAACAGAAACCCCAGCCUGGGCCCCCUCACCUUAUUUAUGGCAAGGGCAACUUAUCACUAGGAGGAAAGGUCUAAGAGCCCCUGUUGAAAUGCUGAUAAAUAAUCCUCGAGCUUUUCCUGCGCCGAAAGCUGUUUCAUAAGCAAGGUCGGCUGUCUCUAGUGGUCACCCCAGGCACCUUUCCUCCCACCCUCGUUUUCCAAAAGGACGAAGGAUAGGGAAGCGACGUCCUAGCUCGCGUAUUUAAACCGGGCAGAGGGUCAGCAGAGGUCCGCGUUUCUCCUCUUUCCAAGAGCACCUCGCGUCCCGAAUCGGCGCCUUCAACUCGGAGAAAUCGGGAGCCCCACAGGAAACUUCCAUUACUGCAGACGCUGCCACACAGCCGGGGCAGCGGAUGGGCUGCCGCGCUGGCUCCCCAGGAAUGCGCUCCCUCCACGGCCGGCCGCCCCGCCGGCCCGCCCUCUCCCGGGGACCCCCCGGCACCUGCGGCCUCCGAAACCAUGUCGGGCAGGUCGGUUCGAGCCGAGACCAGGAGCCGGGCCAAAGAUGAUAUCAAGAGGGUCAUGGCGGCUAUCGAGAAAGUGCGCAAAUGGGAGAAGAAGUGGGUGACUGUGGGUGACACAUCCCUGCGAAUCUACAAGUGGGUCCCUGUGACGGAGCCAAAGGUUGAUGAUAAAAACAAGAACAAGAAAAAGGGCAAAGAUGAGAAGUGUGGCUCAGAGGUGACCACCCCAGAGAACAGCUCCUCCCCAGGAAUGAUGGACAUGCACGAUGAUAACAGCAACCAGAGCUCCAUUGCAGACGCCUCCCCCAUCAAACAGGAGAACAGCAGCAACUCCAGCCCCGCUCCCGAGCCCAACUCGACCGUGCCCGGUGAUGGCGCCGACACCAAGGUGGAUGAGGCCCAGGCCGAUGGGAAGGAGCUCCCCGGGGCCGAAGACGCUUCUGAUGAGCAGAAUUCACAGUCUUCAAUGGAAAACUCGAUGAACAGUUCAGAGCAAGUAGAACGGCAGCCAUCUGGAGAUGUGGGUCUGGCUGCAGAGACAUCCACAAUCUCUCAGGUACCUCGGUCGAGGUCUCAGAGGGGCAGCCAGAUCGGCCAGGAGCCCGUUGGGGUGUCGGGGGAUCUGGAAGGAGUGCCACCCUCCAAAAAGAUGAAACUGGAGGCAUCGCAACAAAACUCCGAGGAGAUGUAGACACCGAGUUCAGUCCUCUGAUCCACUUCUCACUGGAGAUGCAUCAGCAGGCUUAAUUCUAGAACAACCUCACCCGAGCGGAUCCCUGUUGGGUGCGAAGGGAACUACUAACUUUUCAAGUUUACCAAGUGCAAAUCCAAGAAAACCUAGAACGGCGUAACUUCUCAGACACUGAAGAACUUCCUGCUGUGAAGCAAAACACUCGAAUCUUGAAGUGACUGUCCUGGGGAAGGCGGGGUCGACAGCUCAGGAGCGUCUGCACACUGUCUCUGAAGCCAAGAUUACAUUUGUGUUGCUGCUGUAUUGUUUUGUUUUGUUUUCCACUUCUCUAUUUAAGGAUGUAAGCUAUUUGAGGGUGGUACCGAUCAGGAAUUCGCUUUUUCAUGGGGCUUUUCACUGUUCAACCGAUUCCUUCCACUUUCUUUUUUUGUGCCUUGUGCCCUUGAGGUGACCUCUGGCAUGUUUUCCUGGUUGUUUUGCAUCUCCCCUUGCAAGUGCCCUCUUGGUUCAGUUCAGGCAGCCAUUGCCCCGGUCCUCACAUCUCUCUCCUCCCUGCCCCAGGACUUCAGCUGGAGCGGACCAGGCAGGGAGAAGGAGAGCCCGAGGCUGCAGAAGAGCAGGACCUCCCGGGCAGCCUGACUUCCUGGUCCAGGGGGCUGAGGGACACACCCUGAGCCCCAGGUGGGGACAGCACCAGCCUCCAGGGUCCGAGGAGUCUCCGAUGUCUGGGCACUGUCCCCAAAGGCUUCCACAGAGCCCUUCGAUUGUCCUGGCACUUCCCCCUCUGCUGCCACCACACCGCGUUCUCCCACACCUCCGAAGACGGACUGGCUUCUGCCGCUGACUGCAGGAUUGUCUCCUUAAGACGAUAAAGGGGCGGAGGAGGCUGGGAGCGGACGGCAGGAAUAGCUGGUGCUGAACUUUCUCUCAUAGGACGUCGCUUGGAUUUCAAAUCCACAGUCACCUGCUGCCCUCUGCUUGCCGCUCUCCCCCCCAGCUCCACCCGUCCCCACCUGCAGAGCAGGCAAGGUUGCAGUCGGCCAAAUUCCAAAAUCCGCUUGCUUCUACAUACUGUUCCGACUCCGGGAGCCAACAGUUGGAUCGUGUCUCAUUCCCGGAUGCGAUGAUGCUCCCAGACGCUGCUACGGCGGAGCGGGCCUUGAGGGUUGGACCUCGAAGGCCAGAAACGAGGCACCGAGGGACUGGAGAGCUUUGCACUCCUCCAGAAAGGGGCAACCGGGUCCCUUCCCCGCCUCCAUCCCCCGCCUGCACUGGGACAGCUUGCUCUCACUAAAAUGGAGAUGCCCUCCCCCCUUGGACAAACUGCCUAAUUGUUUGGUUCUGAGGCCCGGUUUGCUCUUAAUUCCUAUACAGACUCCUCAGACCUUAACCCUUUUCCUGAGCUUUCUUUACUGCACUGGAGUUCCAACUCCCUUUGAGUUGUAUGGCUGGGAGGGAGGG